CGAGUUACUUGUAUAUGGAGAGAGAGGUAGUUUGUUUAAGUGAAGAUAGGAGAGGGGGUAUGGUGAGUAAACGCGUGGGGAAUGAAGCGGGGGAAACAGCCAGCGGCCGCCCCAAGAGUGAGCUACCAAGCAGUGGAAUAGAUGCUGAGGGUAGUGAACCCCUCUGUAAUGGAAAAGACUCAGAGAUGACUCUGCCAGUGAAUAAUCUCGUCACCAAUGGUGCUGCUGAUGUGCUUACAAAUGGUGUGAUGGAGAUCACUCCUAUUCCAAACACGCUUGAAAUUAAGAUUCAAGUGCCUGGAAAUGACAUCAUUAGUUUACAAGUAUCUUCUGAGGAGAUGGUCCAGGAGAUCAUCCAGAUUCUGAUGGAACGUGAGGACACAUGUCAUCGGACCUGCUUCUCACUUCAGCAUGAUGGCAACAUUCUGGAUAACUUUGCGGGGUUGGCAAGUAUAGAAGGACUGAAGGAUGGAUCAGUUCUCCGAGUGGUAGAAGAACCAUAUACAGUCCGAGAGGUUAAGUUUCACAUCCGCCACGUCCGGGAUCUGUUGAAGUGUCUGGACCCUGUUGACGCCUAUAAUGGCAUUGAGCUUAACUCCUCUUCUUUUUUAACCACCAUCUCUGAGGGAGAUAUUGCAGAUAUAUCUACAACUGGAAAACGGAAAAGACGUUCUGGUUCAGAUCAAUCACUUGAGACUAUCGACUGCUCUCCUCCGGAAUAUAUCUUGCCAGGAUCCAAAGAUCGGCCCCUCUCAUUCCUACAGCCACUAACUGCGGAUAGCAAGUCCCUGCAGUGUUUGAAGUGUCUGAUGGUGAGUGGGUGGAAUCCACCUCCAGGUAACCGUAAGCUGCGGGGGGAUCUGAUGUAUUUUAAUGUUAUCACCAUGGAGGAUCGUCACGUCAGCAUCACUGCAUCCACACGUGGAUUCUACAUCAACCAGUCAACUGCAGAUAUGUUUAAUCCAAAACCAGGCAGUCCCAGCCUGCUAUGUCAUUCACUGUUGGACCUACUGAAUCAAAUUAGCCCGAUAUUCAAGAAGAAUUUUGCAGUAUUGCAGAAGAAAAGGGUGAGUUGCCAUCCAUUGGAGAGGGUUGCCACACCAUUCCUAAGUUACAGUUGGACCAUCCCACACAAACAGCACACCAUUGAUUGUGUGAGGGCUGAGGAUGCAUAUACCUCCCGACUAGGGUUUGAGGAACAUAUUACUGGGCAGCCCCGGGACUGGAAUGAGGAGCUGCAGACGGCAUGGGAGAUGCCCUGUCAAGAUAUGAUGCAGCGGAUAUUGAGGAAGCAGACCAUCUUUAAGGUGAACAGUGAUUUUGUUGCAGCCGCCACCCGUGGUGCAAUGGCAGUUGUCGAUGGGAAUAUCGUGGCCAUCAACCCAGGUGAUGAUACCAAAAUGCAGAUGUUCAUCUGGAACAACAUUUUCUUCAGCUUUGGAUUCGACAUCCGGGACAACUACAAAGAAUCUGGGGGGGAUCAUGCUGCUUAUGUUGCAUCCAGCAAUGACUUGAAAGGGAUCCAAGCUUAUAGUAACUUGGAUGUGGCAGGUCUGCAUGUAUUGGGGACUGUAAUAGUGGAUUACCGGGGCUAUCGGAUAAUUGCACAAUCCAUUAUCCCUGGAAUCCUGGAACAGGAGCAAGAUCAGAAUGUGGUUUAUGGAUUGAUAGAUUUUGGGAAGACUGUUAUUUCUAAUCAUGAGUACAUCAACUUAUUGCUUCAAACCUCCAGACCCCUUCGGAUUCAGAAGCACCUGGUCCUGAAUGAUUUAGAACAUCCCAUCCUCUUGUGCUCUUCAGUGGAUUGCAAAGGGAUUGUUGGCAAUGAUGGGAGACGUUACAUUCUGGAUCUUUUCCGCACAUUCCCCUCAGAUCUAAACUUCCUGCCAAUGAUUGGUGAAGAGUUGCAUGAGGAAUGUCAAAGAUUAGGAUACCCAAAGGAAUAUCGGCAUAAGUUGUGCUGUCUACGGCCGGAGCUAGUGGAGAAUUUCAUCCAACAUAAGCACACACAGUUUACAAAACUCUUGAAGGAGAAAAUGCGUAGAAGUGACAGAAGAAAAAGUUUAAUGGAGGAUGGAGAGAGUGCAACAGAAAAUUAUGAUCAUUUCAGAGGUAUUGACGAAAUGAAGGCAGUAUGUCAGGAGGUGGGCUCUGUCAGUGACACCAUCUUUGACAUUCGUUUCAAUCCAAAUGUUUAUUCAUCAGUUGUAAGAUUUCAUGAAUCUGAACAAGAGGCUCUGCAACUUCAGAAGCGAUUGAUGAAGGAAAUUGCAGCUUUCCUUUUGACUGUACAAAUUCCCAGUUUUAUCAAAGACUGUGUAAAUCAUGUCACUGUGCCUGUUGAUGGUAGAACAUUGACAGACGGGCUGCACAAAUGUGGAAUUAAUAUUCGAUACAUUGGUAAAAUAGCACAGCUGAUAAGCCACUCAGAAGACAAACAAUAUCUGGACCAUAUCUCUAGGCUACUAAUCAGUGAAAUCAUCACUCGGGCAGCAAAGCACAUUAUAGUUCUCUACCUGCAGGUUGUGGAGAUAUCAGCAUGCUCAUCUGCCAUCAGUCACUUUCUGAACUGUUUUCUGAGCUCCUACCCCAAUCCUGUUGCACAUCUGCUUCCAGAUGAACUUGUGUCACGCAGGAAAAAGAAUAAGCGAAAGGUGCGGAUUCCUGGAAGUGACACAGCAUGGGCGAACCUGACUCCUGUUGAGCUGUGGAAACAGAUUAACAAUGAAGCUAAUGAAAACUUUGAUUAUGCGUUGGCUUGUGAUGGGAUUGAUCAGGCGGUGGAGCGGUUUGGUCUGCAGAAGAUAUCCUUGCUGCGUGAGUUUUGUAUAAAAGCUGGAAUUCAGAUUCUUCUGCGAGAAUAUAACUUUGACAGUCGUCACAAGCCCACCUUCACAGACGAUGACAUUCUUAACUCCUUCCCUGUGAUCAAGCACAUCGUCGUGAAGGCAACAGAUGCUGAUCAGGUUUAUAAGAAUGCACAAACUUCAAUUCAGAAAGGAAACAUUAAGGAAGGUCUUGAAUUACUCACUGAAUCUUUAAACCUAUUCAACAACGUAUAUGGAGCCUUAAACCCUGACAUUUGUGGUUGUUUAAGCCUUCUGGCACAGGUCAAUUACAUCAUGGAUAACAUCCCUGAGGCUAUAAGCAACCAGCAGAAAGCUGUAAUAGUGAGUGAGCGGAUCCUUGGCUUUGAUCAUUCCAAUACCAUCCAUGAAUAUGCCCGCUUAGGUCUCUACUGCUUUGCAAACAACCAGAUUUCAGUAGCUCUGAGGCUGCUGUAUCGCGCUCUCUACUUGAUGCUCAUAGUCACUGGUGAAGAUCACCCGGAAAUAGCUGUUCUUGACAGCAACAUCGGCCUCAUGCUCCACGCUGCAUUGGAUUGUGAUCUUGCAAUGCGAUUUUUGCAGAAAGCCCUGGAAUUAAAGCUCAAGUAUUACGGGGCCCAGGCUCUGGAGACUGCUCUAAGCUAUCAUCUCGUGGCACAAGUCUAUGCUAGCAAGGCAGAAUUUCGAAAUGCUGUGCAACAUGAGAAGGAGGCCUACAACAUCUACAGGACUCAGCUUGGGGAAACUCAUCAUAAGACAAAAGGAAGCUCUGAGUUCCUGAAACAUGUUACACAGCAGGCAGUGAACCUACAAAGAACCAUGAAUGAGAUCUACAAGAACGGAUCAAAUGCCGGCCUUCCUCCAGUACAGACCACAUCCUUGAGUAACAAGAUGAUACUACAACAGCUCAACAUGAUCAAUGGGAUUGUGCUGACUGACACAAGCAGGAAAUCUGCCCUACAAAGUGCAACAAAUCGAAUGCGCAAACUACUCCAGGCAGAAAUUCAAGCUUCUCAGAGACUGACCAAAGCGCUCACUAACAUAGGGAUAGAGGAUCUGAUACCAGUCAAUGGAACUACAGCCCCAGGUGAAAUCACGAAUGGUGCAGAGAACCUUGCUGAAGGAAGGAUGAUUAAUAGAAAAACAGAGCCUGACUGUAUUCCAUCAGGGAGUUCCGCAUAACUGUGUUUGCCAGCACUUGACAAGGAGAUGAAUUAAAUUCCUUUCUAAUUACAUGAAGCUGACGCUAAUGCCAACUUCUCAACAAACAAAGACUCCUUCAUAUUCCAGACGUGGCUGCAGGGGGUCCCCAAUCUGCAAGUGUGACAUCCAUAUCAGCAUAUGUACUUAGGGUUUAUCAUAAUGCUGGGAUUAGGUUGUGUAAUUGUCGAAUUACAGAUUUUUCCCCAUUACUGG